GCAGAGAGUCAAAAAUGGAUUUGUCGCAUAGCGUCAGGAGUCAAUCGCCCAAACUGGUAGUGCUCGACGCGAUGGAAGUCUCGGUCGCAACCAUACAUUUUCAUAGCAUCCAUGGGAUUAGGCUUAGCUAAGCGCUUCCGCUAUGCGUAGGCUGAAAACUGCGGGCGAGGGAGGUGUGCGUUGCGCUCAUCACGUCGACCCACUUUGUAUCGUCGGGUAACUCGUUCUUUCUGGCGACGCAGACGAAGAGCGUCACAACGAGACUCCUUAGCGACUUCGGCAUCGUAUGCAGCGUUCUCGUUGUGGGACUUUUCUGACUUGUCUUUGGUGCUGGUUUUGGAUGGGUAGAGUUUUCGAUGUGCUCGCGCGCCGCAUUGUUACGCGCUGUGUUUCUGCUCGGCGUGGUAGUAAUUGUCUUAGAAUGAGGCGGCGUAGAGUCGAGAUGCCCACCUGCCUAGCGAGGCUCUAUAAGUGUCAUUCAAGCAAGGAAACGGGGACGGAGAUGAUUGCGGAGGAAGUGUCAUCGGGCCCACGCGGUGGAGUGGUAAUAUCCAUGUGUGCGUCUGCGUCUGUGUCUGGCUUCGUUUGUCUGUCUCUGCUUUCACCUUGGACGCGUUUGUUCGGGUUGUUGGACGAGACUGCUGAAGCCCUUGAAGAAGAGCGUUCCAGCAACAUGGACAGGCAUGACGAGCUGCAGAGCAAGCGCAAGAAUCAAGAUUGUGCGGGCGUGCUUGGAGAUGUUCAGGCCAAACCCACUGCAUGUGCUGAUGAGUGAAGAAGCAAUUGGGCGGGACGAUCAUGCUACAGGCGGCACGCAUUGAGAGCAGAUUUUGGGCAUCAUUCAUAAUGACAUGCAAAAU